CCACAAUCAACAAUAAAUAAUAAUUUGAAGUGCAAAAGAAUAUCAAUAAAAUUUGUCUGAACAAAUACUUAAAUAAUUAAACUCUCAACUACACAAAUUAUUAACCCCAGAUAUAAUACCAAUUUAAUGUUGUUUCUCAAAACCACUACCCACAUAGUUCAUUGAUUACUGAAAUAGGUCAAGAUGGGUUUACGCAACUUAUUCACUAAGCCUUUGCAUUUUGAAUAUGCUCUGGGGGGUUUUCUACUUUUAAAACUGUUGAGGCUCUAUGCACUAUGUAGACAGUUACGUUUGGUUAAAAAGGAACUGGCCGGAGAGAAGAAAGUUGUCACUACUUUGGCUAAAAAGGAUGAUGAAAAUUAUAAAAGAACUCUUGCUCUCCUCAAACCUUACCUAACAUCAGCCGCUUACCACAAAACGUUGGAAUACUCCAGGGAUAAAUUGAAACAUACCAUGGUGUUUGAAUUAUUUCAUAUGGUUGUUGGAGUGCCCUUCCUAUUUAACAACACUGUUUUGAAAUUUUGGCACUUAUCAGGGAAAUUGGUUAAACACAAAUGCCACUAUUCACAUGUUCUUGUCUACUUUGCUCUCAGAAUGGCCUUGUCAUUCCUGUUACGGUUUCCAUUCCGUUACUAUUCUACGUUUUUAGUAGAAAAGAGGCAUGGAUUCAAGACUAGGAGCCGGUGUGUUUUCUUCAGACAAUAUUUCCUGACUUACGUCUUUUACCUUCUAGUUUUUACUGGAUUGGCUUCUGGACUAACCUGGGUCCAGAAGUUUUCCAAGUCAAACUUCAGAGUGAAUGGUUUCGCAUUCUUGGUUGUUUUCAAAACUGCCAUGGCACUAGUAGUUCCAUUAUUCCUGUCCUUAGAACACAAAUUGAGUCCGCUACCCGAUCCUGAGCUUAGGAAAGAAGUCGAUACAAUGGGUAAAAAACUGGGAUUGUCAUCAAAGAAUGUUCAUGUUGUAUCAUCGAGUACAGCUCCUGCUCAUGGCCUUACUCUAUCAUGGGGAUUUUGUAUGUUUAAGCACGCAUAUCUCAAUGAAUCCUACGUCACCCUUGGAAAACCAUCAGCAUUGGCAUUGGUUGCUGUAAACUUUGGCCACUUCAAACAUCACCACUUUUUGAAAACAUUCCUCCUCGAUUUGGCAAAGGAUACAUUUUUCCUAUUUUUGUUUGAUCAUUUCAAAGGAGAUGCAGCAUUAUUCAAGAGCUUUAAUACUCAUUCUGUUUCAGCACUCACCCUGAAGCUCGAUACCUUCUUUAAUUUAUUUGGCUCGUUAUACGUUUUUUUGGAUGCAGUUAGAUCGGUUUACUAUCAUUUCCUUGAAUUUGAGGCUGAUCGAUAUGCUGUUAGAUUGGGUCACAGUGAUGAGCUGGUUAAUUUUUGGACUACCGUCUAUAGGGAAAAGAAGUGGUUUUUCAAUGUAGAUCCCCUUUAUGGCAAAUUAUUUAACUUUAAUCCAUUCUUUGGAGCAAAACAUGGGGGUGCUCCAUCGCUCUUUGAGAGGGUUUAUGCAGUUUACGAUGCUACAGGGGUUCCGAAGGCUGCCGCCAACUAAAUUUCGAUCCGAUAUUUAUAUGGAUUAUGAACUUAAAAGGUUUUAAAUUCGUCCCCUGUUACCUAACUAAUUUAAAUUUAAUUAUAAAACAUGAUUUUCCAAGAAUCACGCCUUGAACAAAAUUUAACACAGAGUUUCCAAACAAUAUUAAUCCUUUAAUAUUAUUAAUUUUUCA